ACGUUUGGACUGCUUUUUUACCGAUCGGAGAGGGUUAUGGCACUGGACAAGCCGAGUGCAGCUGCGAGGGGCCGUAGAAACGUCCUCAUAAAGCGGCCAAACGCAACCGUCGUGGUCGACGCGACCGACACGACCACCGUGUCAGAGAGCCGAGUAAAGCGACGAAGAACAUGCGCUAUUGUCGGAGAUCCUAUCCAGUCCCAAGCUGCCGAACAUGCGCCGUCAUCAUCGUCUCGGAGCCAGACGGCAGGGCGGCGACCUAGCAACACGUCGCCCAUCCUCAACCGCAGACCUACCGAGCCUCUGAACAUCUAUGUCCUCGGCGCCAACAGCGGCGGCGAGCUCGGCCUCGGACCCUCGGUCAAAUCCGGGAACGCGACAAAACCCCGUCUGAACCCGUAUCUCUCCGGUCCCGUCGGUGUUGUCCAAGUCUCGCUCGGUGCCAUGCACGGCGUCGCCCUCACGCUGGACAACAAGAUCCUGACCUGGGGAGUCAACGACCAUGGCGCUCUUGGCCGUGACACCGCGUGGGAGGAUAAGCUGGUGGAUAUAGACGACGACGACCGCGACGACGACGACGAUAGCGAGGACGAGGGCGAGCUCAACCCAAAAGAGUCCACCCCGACACCGGUCGACAUGAGUGCCGUGCCGUCAGAUACCAUCUUCACACAAGUGGCGGCCACCGACAAUGCCACCUUCGCCUUGACCAGCACCGGUCGUGUGUACGGAUGGGGUACUUUCAGGUCGGAGGACGGGAAGCUGUCAUUCACCCCAACAGUCCGGGUACAGUCUCUCCCGGUCCUCAUACACCAGGUCGAGAAUAUCAUCAAGAUUUGCUGCGGAAGCAAUCAUGUCAUGGCUCUGACCGCCGAUGGCUUCGUGUACACUUGGGGCCGGGGCACUGAUGGCCAGCUCGGUCGCCGCUUCUCCUCCCGGGUCGUGGAUUGGAACAAGCAAGGACUCAUCCCGCAGAAGGUCGCCGGGCUGAAGGACAUUGUCGAGAUUGGCAGCGGCUCCAAUCACUCCUUCGCUGUCGACCGUGCCGGUCGACUUUUCGGCUGGGGUUUCAAUAACGCGGGCCAGAUCGGAGUCGUCGACGAUGCUGGCGAAUACGAAUCGGAGUACGAUUUUGCCAUCACCGUGCCCGUCCCGAGUCUCGUACAGAGCUUGGAGGGCUUGCCGCGCAUCAAACAAAUUACGGGCGGCAACUUCCACAGCAUCGCAGUUACGGAGGACGGCCGGUGUCUGACGUGGGGCCGCCUCUACUCGUUCGCUACAGGCCUCAAGAUCGAUGCCUUGCCACCGCAAUUCGUCGUUCUGGACUCCCGGGGCAAGCCGAGCUUUCUCAGCGUUCCGACGGCUGUCCCUGGGUUCCCGGCCAGCUUCGUGGCAGCCGCAAGCGAACACAGCCUUGCGGUCACGGUCGACGAGAAGAUCUACACAUGGGGCCUCAACUUGACGAAACAGAUUGGACACAAGCAAGAGGAAGUCGAGGUUGCGACUCCCAUCACUCACGACUCGGUCGCGGACAAGCGGUUUGUCUGGGUCGGUGCUGGCGCGCAGUUCAGCAUGCUCGGAGAGCUUGCCGCUCCGAAUUGACAUCGGACGGAGGAUUACAAAGAGCGGAAGUCACAAGCUGAAAGGUGGUAAUGGGAGGGUGCCGCAGAAACCAUGUUUACCUGUGCACCGGGCAAGAUUAUAAAAAGAAUGAACGGUG